UCGAAUCCGGACCCCAAGUACAAUUCGUUUUGGCUUGUAGUAUAUAAUAGAGCGAGCGCCGGGUGGCAGUUGAAAUAAAAUCAAACAAAUUCAAAAUAGAAAAGUUUGUAUUUUCGGUAAAAUCAAGCUCAAGAAAUGAGACCUAACAUUGUCACCGAGGCAGGAUUACCUACUAGAGUGGGGCAAUGGUGGGAAAGCAUUCCAUUUCUAACUUCUGCAAUAGUGAUUGUUUGUGGUACUAUUUACUUGGCUUGUCUCUUGAUUGGAUAUGAUUCCUUUUUCGAAAUUUGCUUCUUGCCAUCUGCGAUUAUAUCACAUUUUCAAGUUUACAGGAUCUAUACAUCUAUUCUCUUUCAUGGUUCAUUGCUUCAUGUCUUCUUCAACAUGAUGGCUUUGGUACCUUUAGGUUCUGAACUAGAGAGAAUCAUGGGAUCCGUCCGCUUACUUUACUUGACAAUUUUAUUAGCUACAAGCAAUGCUAUUUUCCAUCUUUUUAUUGCGACGUUGGUAGCCCAUAAUCCUUUCCAUUCAGAUCAGCAUCUCAUAAAUGAGUGUGCAAUAGGCUUCUCUGGAAUAUUAUUUUCUAUGAUCGUGAUAGAGACAAGUUUGAGUGGAGUCCAGUCAAGAAGUGUGUUUGGUCUAUUUAAUGUUCCUGCUAAGUGGUAUGCUUUUAUCUUAUUGGUAGUAUUCCAGCUGCUAAUGACAAAUGUCUCUUUACUUGGACACCUGUGUGGCAUCUUGUCUGGAUUUGCAUAUACCUAUGGCUUAUUCAACUUCCUCAUGCCUGGAUCAUCUUUCUAUUCUUCCAUUGAGGCCUCGUCUUGGCUUUCUUCUUGUGUUAGACGGCCUAAAUUUAUUAUGUGCACUGGCGGGAAUCCUACAGCGUACAUACCCACAUAUUCCAGCCAAAAUAUGAACACUGGUGGAUUAUUUUCUGGAAAUAUAUGGAGGAACUUAUCUUCAUGGAUGCCUCAGAGGGAAACAUCUUCCCAGUCAACAGAAGAUAACAGGUUUCCUGGGAGGGGAAGGACCCUUAGCUCUACUGGCAGUCAAACAAUUCCUGCUGUCAGCUCAGAUUCAAACUUGCAGGCUAGACUCUUGGACAAUAGUAACUCCAACCUUUCAUCAAAUUUGGCUGCAACGGGUACACCGGGGAGGCUAACAGAUGGAAGGAGGUCAUCAGUAGAUAAUGCAGUUUCAGCAGCUCUAGAGGGCCCCAUGCACCAUCAGGAUUCAGUUGCUUCUGACGAAGAAAUCCAAAAGCUUGUAUCUAUGGGUUUUGAUAAGACACAAGUAGAAAUUGCACUGGCAGCUGCUGAUGGAGAUCUUAAUGUAGCAGUUGAAAUUCUUAUGAGCCAGCAAGGAUAAAUUGCAAAACAACCUAUUUAUUACCACUUCAGAUAUGAAUCUUGCCAAGAACUCCAUAGGACUGGUUUAGUUCCAUUUCACGUGCUCAUUUGAAGCCUGUUGUGUAGAUACACUGUGCAUUGGUAGCAUUUGCAACAAAACUAGGGGGGGAAUAUUUUGAGCACAAAACAGUUGACUAACUCAUGUUAAAAGAAAGUAAAAGAAGACUUGUAAAAAUGUUAUGAAAUCCUGAAAUAGAAUCAGAAAUGUGAAGAGACUGCUGUUUUACUUAUAAACGAUUCAGUUCUGUCUAACAAUUCGAUGGUAGAUUCUUUUAAAGCACAUCAGUUUAAGCAAUUUGUUCUUAUGUAACUUUCUUUUCGGCUGUUUAAAUGUGUAAUAAUUUACGCUCGCAAUUCUUCUUGAAACAAGUUGGUUGAUAUUA